AUGGCAAAGGCGGAUCACAAGGAGGGCCUCCAGCACCUCGAGGAUGCUGCCAUCAACGGCUCCAUCCAAGAGAUCAACCUGGACGAGCUCGACUCGAUCGAACAAACCAAGACGGGCAAGUUCUCGUGGCUCGUCAGCAUCACCGCUGCCAUUGGCGGCAUGCUGUUUGGUUACGACACUGGAAUCAUCUCAGCUGUGCUCGUCUACAUCCAUCAGGAUCUUGGCAAGACUCUCACCUCGCAGGAGAAAGAGUUGAUCACCUCCAUCACCUCUGGUGGUGCCUUCAUCGGUGCCAUCUUUGCUGGUGCCACGGCCGACCGCUACGGUCGAAAGGUUGCCAUCUAUGUCGGCUGCGUGCUCUUUACCCUCGGCGCCAUCAUCCAGGCUGCGUCCUUCUCGGUCAUCCAGAUGACUGUCGGCCGCCUCGUCGUUGGCUUUGGUGUUGGAUCCGCUGCCAUGAUCGUGCCCCUAUACAUCGCAGAGGUGUCUCCCGCCAAGUAUAGAGGACGCAUGAUUGGACUCGACAACAUGUCUAUUACCGGCGGACAGCUCGUGAGCUACGGCAUUGGAGCUGGCUUUGCUUAUGUCUCCGGCGGCUGGCGAUACAUGGUCGGAGGUGGUGCCAUUCCCGCCAUCGUCCUCGGCGCCCUGCUCCCUUUCUGCCCCGAGUCUCCUCGUCAGCUUAUCUACCACGGCAAGCCUGAGGAGGCCGCCAAGGUUCUCCGCAGGAUCUUCCCCAACGGCACUGAGGAGCAAGUCCAGGACAAGAUCCGCCACAUCACCUACCACGUCGACCAAGCCAAGGCCCUCAACGCCGGCAAGUCUGGCUGGUGGGUGUUCAAGCAGCUGUAUGUCGUGCCCGCCAACUUCCGCGCCCUCGUCUCUGCGUGUGGCCUCAUGGCCAUCUCUCAGCUCAGCGGCUUCAACUCGCUCAUGUACUACUCUCCUCUCCUGUUCUCGCUCGUCGGCUUCUCCAACCCUGUUGCUGUCGGCACCGUCAUUGCUGGAACCAACUUCAUCUUCACCUGGGUCAACCUCAUGCUUGUCGAUCGUGCAGGCCGCCGAAGGAUCUUGCUUGUCACUGUGCCCUUCAUGGGUCUGGCCCUCGUCAUUGCUGCUGUGUGCUUCAAGUACAUUCCCAUCAACCACGACCUAUCUCUGGCUGCUGACGCCAAGAUUGGCUGGCCUGCCAUUGUCGUGCUCGUGAGCAUGGUCGUCUUUGUGGGCUUCUACUCUUCCGGUAUCGGAAACACGGCCUGGCUCUCGAGCGAGUUCUACCCCAUGGAAGUCCGUGCCAUGGGAACCAUGAUGCUCACCAUGACCUGCUGGGGCUCCAACAUCAUUGUUGCUUCCACCUUUUUGACUCAGAUGGAGAACACUACCCCCUCUGGCGCCUUUGGCUUCUACGCCGCCAUCUGCAUCCUGGGCUGGGUCUGCAUCUACUUCUGCUACCCUGAGGUCAAGGGAAUGACCCUUGAGGAUAUCCGAGAGAUCUUCCAGCACGGAUUCGGUGUUCAGCGAGCGAGGGAGAUUCAGAAAGAGAUGAAGUUGGCCCGAAAGGAGGAGGCUUCUGGUGAGAUGGUCAAGGCCUAA